GUACCAAUUACUUUUAUAAAUAUCCUUUCGAUUUAAUUUGUCGCGUUAAUUCCGCGUCGUCACCUCCUAUAAAUACCAUGCCACGGCUUUCCUACCUCAUAUCAUCAACCAUCAGUCUCUCUGCAACAUAUACACAUCUUGAUCAUAUUUCGUUACAAGUAAUUAUUUACAUCUAAUUCAUUUUUUUUAUAUUCGAUAAUGGCUUCAGAUGAUUCAGUUCCCCAACACAGCGUUGAAAAAACCACCGAGUACGAGAGUAGCGAUCGUGGUUUGUUUGAUUUCAUGAAGAAAGAGGAGAAAGAUGAAACUAAAGUGAUCGCCACUGAGUUUGAGGAGAAGGUCCAGGUCUCGGAACCCGAGCCCAAGUACGAGGAUUGUAAGGUGGUCGAGGAAGAAGAAGAAAAGGCGGCUAAACCUAGCUUGCUCGAGAAGCUUCAUCGAUCCGGCAGCAGCAGCAGCUCUAGUUCGAGUGAUGAGGAAGUGGAAGAGGGAGGUGAGAAGAAGAAGAAGAAGAAGGAAAAGAAGGGUUUGAAAGAAAAGAUCGAGGAGAAGAUCCAUCACAAGGAGGAGGACACGUCAGUACCUGUGGAAGUGGUGACAGAGCCUGAAGAGAAGAAGGGCUUUAUGGAGAAGAUCAAGGAGAAGCUGCCAGGCGGUGGGAAGAAGGUGGAGGAGGAGACGGUGGCUCCUCCGCCACCUCCGGCGGCUGCUCCGGUUGAUUGUGCGGUGGAAGGUGAGCCUGCUAAGAAGGGAAUACUUGAGAAGAUCAAGGAGAAGAUUCCAGGGUAUCAUCCCAAGACAAGCACUGAGGAAGAGAAGAAAGAUAAAGAUUGUGCUUAAGCCAAGUGAUUAUACGAUGCUUGGAUCGUAUGUUUGAUUAUUAUUAUUAUGCUUCUUUUUCUUGUGGUGUUGGUUUUGAUAUUAUGCUUUGAUCCUUUGCUUUGGGGUUUCUUUGAUUAGCUUUUGGACCAGUGGAUGAGUACUUGUUUGUCUAAAGUUUGUUUCGGUUACCUUUUGUACAAGUAUAUGAUCAUAUAUCACAGUCCAUAUAUUUAUGUUUCGAAA